AUGGUGAUGGAAGCCGACCCCAUAGCUGGCAAACAUAAUGAUGAAAGAGUGCACGGCGCAUCGUUGAAGGCGCGGGCGGGCGGUGACGUCAUAUCUCCUGAGCGCUCGGUCGGCACUCUCGACCUUAACAUGUCUUUCACGGCCCCUUCAAACCUGGUGCUCACACCUGCGCCUGAAUGUCGCAAGCUCUCGCGAGGUAUCUCCCGCGCUACAGACAAUGAGGGUCUCGUGUGGGCGUUGCGCAACAAUACUGAGCCGGAGCCGAACACAAUCAAUUCGGAUCACAUACUCUUGCUCCCAGAUAUUACUGUAUACCCACCUGAUUUUAGGACUUUCCUAGAGAAGGACCUUUUAGAGACUGCGACUCUAGUGACUCUAGAAUCUGCGAAUAUAUUGAACUGGUGGCGCCACGGGCGGGUGCCUGGUGCCCCUCGUCUCCUGCCCCUCGCCACGUCAGGCGAUGGCAACUGCCUCCCUCACGCGGCUUCACUAGCUGCAUAUGGAUUCCAUGACAGACUGCUCGCUCUGCGGACCAAAGUUCAGGCUCUCCUGUCCGGAGAGGGCGGCGAAGUACUUACUAACGCAAUAAAACGGCGCUGGCGUUGGUCGGAGAGCAUAUCGCUGCGGUCGGCCGGGCUGACGCCGUCGGAGGCGGAGUGGGAGCGCGAGUGGGCGCAGUGCGUGACGGCGGCGUCCCCGGAGCCGGCGCGCGCCACGCCGGCCGCCGCGCCGCACUACGCCGCCUUGGAACAUCUACAUGUCUUCGCCCUGGCACACGUCAUGAGGAGACCCGUUAUUGUUUUUGCUGAUGUCGCUUUGAGGGAUUUCCGAGGCGACCCAAUAGCUCCGAUUCCAUUUGGUGGAGUGUACCUUCCUCUAGAACUGUCCCCGGAAGCAUGCAGUAAGACGCCGAUACUGCUGGCGUAUGACGCGGGACAUUUCUCCGCGCUCGUACCUUGCGAGCCGCUGCCGUCUGAUGGCGCUCGCGUGCCAUUGGAGGAUAGUGCUGGGAAUCCCAUGCCCAUAAGAUUCAACGUAGACCCUGGCGAAGAUUUCCCCUGGGACGUAGAGCCAGACCAGAAGACGAUAAACAACAUCCUCCCUGACGAGUACCAGCGCUCGGCCAUGUUGGCAGCAUACCUCGACCUUGAACGAAUCGAGUGCAUCUCCCUGAAUCAACCUCCAGAAGAACUGCGAAGAUCCUUGGACGCCCUGUCCACCAAAAGUUCAAAGCAGUUGAACUCUGUUGCCAAACAAUUUGGUAGUAUCGGGAGGUCAAUGAGCAGUAAGCUUAAGAAGAACUUUGGUUCCAUGGCGAAGUUGGCUGGGAAGAGUAGUGGGAGCCAUAGUAACCCUGAGGAGAGUCUGAUGACGAGGCAGUCCACCUGUGAAGUGUUGUGUUGUAGAGUGUUGGCGGCCAGGGCUCCUGUACAGGAGGAGAUGGUUAAGAAUUACCUGAAUGAGGCUUGGAUCGGAUACACAGCCGAGAAGAACCGCAAAGAGCCAGUAGGUCCUUCCCAACCUCGCUACGGUACAGGACGCUCACAAUUCUACGCAGAAGCAGAACGACCGACAACUACAACAUCGUCAUCAACAUCGUCAACAACGGAACAACCGCGAGUUGGCAGCACGGGCGGGGCGCGCGCGCCGGCCGACAGGACGCUGUACUUGAGUCGCUCGACGUUCUACGACGACCGGCCGGCCGAGCCCCGGCCCUGCCGCGCCCCGCUCUGCAUGUACUACGGCAGCCCCGACAACGGAGACUACUGCUCGCGCUGCUCCCGGCUGCAGUAA